GGAGUCGAGCAGCAUCCUCGUGGGUUUUCACCUCAUCUUGCCCAGUCGGGCCAGUCUCCGCUUUCUCAAGGUGCGACUCUACUUUAGCUCCUAUGCGAAAUAGUCUACGCGUCUCUGAAAUCAGAAACAAUGUCGACACGACGCCCGCAUACCAAGUCACGGCUGGGCUGCACCAGCUGCAAACGUCGCAAAGUGAAAUGCGAUGAAAUUGGCCCCAUAUGCUUUCAAUGCAGGCGGCAUCAUAUCUCAUGCAGUCUCAGAUAUGAGCUUCCCAGAGGCUCCGUUCGCCGUAGCGAACGUGUUGAAGACUCUGGUCCGAAUAUUAUCAUCGCUGAGCCUACCAAUUGUCACGCAAGCUAUUCGUCUCCGGUCACUGUGACAGAUUGCAACCAGAUUCAUAUGCAUGAUAAGAUGGCGCCGUUUCCCCCACACGAACUCCGUGCUCUUGGCUGGCAGCUUAUGCAUCACUACUGCACAGUCACGGCCGAGACCCUGUCUAGAAGGAAAGAAAUUGUCCAUGUUUGGCAGACGGCCAUUCCUUUGCAAGGCUAUCGGUAUCCCUUUGUUAUGCACGGCAUCCUUGCCAUCGCCGCUACGCACAGGGCAUAUCUUGAGCCAGGCUGUCGAAACAUCUUUCUCCCUUUGGCUGACUAUCAUCAAACAAUGGGGUCGAUAGGGUAUCGCGUCGAACUCCAACACAUUGACGCGCAAAACUGGAUAGCUUUGUAUAGCUUCAAGUCGCUUCUGAUGAUCCAUAUGCUCACACUUCCUACUCGCAUGGAUCACUACAAAUUAAAUAAUCCAAUAGGAAGCCUUGGUGAGCUGAUUGGGCUGCUAAGAGGCAUAGAGUCGACAGUCAGACCUUUCUUGUCUGGUGUUAUUAACUCCGGAUUUCAGCCAUUGGUCUAUAGCAUAUGGCCACUUGCUUUUGUCAGGUACUUGACCGAAGGCAGUCACUUUAAUCUGGGAAAGAGGUGUCUUCCCCCAGAUACGUAUCAAGCCGUUGCAAGACUUCGGGCCUUUCAGAGAUGCAAAUUACCUUUGGGCAGCCUUGACCAAUAUCAGUUGGCCCUUGACAACCUUGAAGCAUGCUUCUGUCUUGCUAUUCUCUCUAGAACGCAUAUUGAGGCUGGGUAUAUUUUCGUCUGGCUCCAUCAUGUUCAAGACAACCUUCGCAGGGACCUCAGUGAAUAUCGCCCGCAUGCAUUGCUUAUUAUUUCCUAUUUCAGCGUGUUUCUUGCAUCUGCCGAAAAGAGCUUUUGGUACUUGAAAGGCUGGGCGCGACAAAUAUUGGAUGAGGUCGUGGCGCGUCUUGCUGGCCAACCAAUGUUUCUGGAAUUAGUCGAGUGGCCGAAAAAGCAGCUGUUUAACUUAUUGGGAGAAUAAAUGCGUUGAAUCAGUUGAUAAUUAUCGUCCAAGGGAUAUCUGGAAGAAUCGUUGGUGCAGUUGUAACCAUCU